ACCCCCCCCGAACACCUCCUCUCUUUCACACACUUUGACCAUUCUCUCGUCAAGUGAAACGCCGGUCGCUCUCCUUGACUCCUUCUUCAUUUACAAUUUCGCAGCAUUUUGCUGAGGCGGUCAAGCAGCUAUGACAGCUCGCAACGAAGCGCUAGGCGGCUCUGACAGCACUUCGCCAAUCAGCAAGCAACGGCGCUGGUUCAGAAGAAUGGUCUUGACAGGGCUCUAUGCUUCUUUGCUUCCGCUUAUCUUGUUCAUUCUGCGCAAGCAUGACUUAUCGAGCAUCCAAAAGGAGAUUGCUCGAAAGGUAAUCUGGGACCCUGCUCCCAGCACAGGCACGAUGAUGGAAAAGCGAGCGUACGACAUUCAUGGCAACUGGCUUCCUGUGGAGAUCAACUGGAACGACAGAGUGUCCCAGAGCACUCAUCAGAAUGCCAUUACCUCUGCAGUCAAUUCCUGGGCGCGAAACAACGAGCCCACCAUGAAGGCAUUUACGCUUCUUCAUGGAUUUCGCCCUGGCAAGGGCAAACGCCUGACGACAGAGGCAGAUCCGAGAACGCCAAUGUUCGCAAUGGGCAUCGCUUAUGACCAUCAGGGCUAUCCCCUCAAGACGCCCUUCAAGACCGCGCCUGGUCAUAACCCAAAGGAAUAUGUGGUCUACCCAGAAGCUGGCAGAAGGUGGACAUACGAGCGCAGCAAUCUCAGAGUAGAUUUGACUCCUGCCGGAAGACUACCCGACGGUCACUUUCCCUCUGAAGACCGUGGAAGAGCACACGACAGGCCUACAAAAUUCCCGCUCAGGGGUCAAAGAAGAUCUGAUAAGAAUCCGUUCACGUUGACCCACACGGGCGCCGCUGAAGGGUUCGCUGCCCAGGCGCAGCCAGCGCUCUCAAGCCUGCCUGACCGUUCAUCGACUCGCCUCAGGCCCUUCAGUAAAGACGUUUCGCCUAGCAAGCAGGUUGGGCCAUCUGCACGACCGCAAGUUGCGUCGCAAUUCAAUGACGAGGUCAAUGCAAAUCAAACUCCCAAAAGCAUUCGGCUCUUUGGCGCUGAGGUUUCGCACGGGAGUCACAGUGGGCCAGCCGGCCCGCAAAAGAAGGUCCACGCAGCGGAGAACGAUGACAAGGCCCCAGCGCCGAAGCGCAUUCGGCUCUUCGGGACAGACCUGCACGCUUAUGAAGGCGGUGACGCUCCCGCCCACCAUGCAAACCGCCGCUCUCUCCUUGCUGAUGAGAGCGUAAUGCGAAGAAAUGGAGCUGCGCUUGAGGAGACCGGUAGAGGCAUCAAGACAGCACCCUUGCUGAGGCGCGCCUUACCCAAAGAGCUCGCUUCGGCAAGCGAACAGGCAGUCAUAAGUGAACCCGUCCAGGUGACGUUUCACCAAGCUAUCGAAGGCGACUACCAAAGAAACGCAAUCAGGCACGCCGUUCAGCAUUUCAAAGAGAACCACGCACCAGAGCUGCACAAAAUCAAGAGGUUUUCAGCGGGCUCCCUGGCUGGCAAAGUCGGGCUACAAGGAUGGACAGGUGUUCGCACAAGGCCGAGCGCACAACGCAGAAGGGAAAGCCUUGCCUGGCCACAAUCUCAUACCGGGCGAGGGUAGGCUCGAGUACCCGAUCUACUUGGCUCCCGGGCAACGCUAUACCCAAAAGGCGCGCGGUAGGCAAGGCAGAGAGCUUGUGGGAACAGGCGAAGCUUGGCCAGAGCACCCGCCUGUGCCGCCCCAUGAGCGGCAUCCCGUCCCUGACCCUCGCGGUGGAUGGAACAGAGGCUGGACGCAGCUCAGCAAUCUUCAAUCGGAUGGCACGUUUCGGCGAGGAUGGGAUACUGGAGACGGACGAAUCAAAUGGUUUCAAGGAGGACGCAAGAAGAGGUUGGCUUCGUUGACCCAAUGGGAGGUGAC